AGCCAGCCACGCUGAUGCAACCAGCAAACGCAGUCAAGCAACCACACGGUCAAGAUGUGUCUCAUCCCCCAAAACAAGGAAGUAAUGGAUAACUCCAAAGUGAAUCCUUCGCCGAACUCGUUGGAAUCACCACCAAAGUCGCCCACCGCCGCAUAUGCAAUGUUUUUGCAUCGCGAAGAGUUGAGGAGGAGAAAAGUGCACGUCUCUCGGGUUUCAGCCACCAAAAUUCACCUGACCAGCGAACUAAUCGCUCAAACCAAGCAGAACAUACGGCAGUGCAGCUUCGAGGACCUGGAGAUCCUGGCCAGGGAGACGCUCUUCAAGAAGAGUCUGCAAAGACAUCUUUACUAUCGACGUAUGCACAUCCACAAGCUGAUGCUAAGCAGGAAAAAGCAGCAGGCCAAGGAAAAGAAGUGAAACGAUAAAUAAUGUUAUUUAGUUAAGAGCAGCGAGAGUGAUUAUUACAUGGAUAAAUAUUACAAGCUAUUAUUAAGACCAAUAAAUGGGUAAAAUAUUUUAACAGUG